CGCUGUAGUAAUGAGUACAAAUUUUUCGUGACAGAUCUUCCUCAGUAAUGGAGUCGAGGGUCACCAGUGGCACAGGUCAGCCGAACACCAUUAUGAUCCAGCUGGUUUCCCAACAGCCGAGUUCUUGUGGACAGAUGCAGGCCAUGCCCAUCUCGGUGCAGACGAUUCCCUUGUUUCCCAAUUCCAGAACAUCGACAGAGCGACCUUCUCGAUCGGUUCACAUUGCACCGAGUAUAAGAGCUCCGCCGGACGGCCCACCUGGAACGAAUUCCAGAACCAGACCCGAGAACUAUGCUCCACCCAAGCGGAAGCAUUCGCAAAGCCAGUUUCGUCAUUUUUCCCGUGGUAUAAACCAAGCUCCACCGGUGUACUAUGUUCUUCGUCCAGAAGACCGAGUUAUGCCCAUCUACAUACCACCUCCUAGGCUUAGCAAUGGGCAAGGAGCAAGGAUGGGGACGGGGUGUCCUUGCUGUGGCCGUGCAACGACAUUGAACACGGAGGAGACUCUAGGAGUACACGUAUCGCAGAACCCGUUCGCCAAAGUAGAGGGUCACCAGAAGGAAACCCCUAGACAACGGGAUCAAUGCACUAACACCACUGAUCAGCCGGAUCUGGGAAAUGUAAGGGCGAUUUACGAAACUUUAGGACGUGCAAUGGUUACCGCAGCCGUAGAGGCUGCUCAGAAAUCCCAACUAGCAGGACCCUCAGACUCGAAGGAUUCCACAAACAUAAUAAUGAAAUUAUUAACACAGAUGGGGGAGCACAAUCAAACCGCAGGCGGUGGUCAACCUUUAGGAGGAGCAGGAAGCCCGGACGAUCAACCACAUAUGAGCAAGCGAAAAGCCAGCUUUUUGGAAAAACCAUCCAUUGCUGAAGUGCCAUCAGAUGACCUAGUUGACCAACCUAAGCUUCCAUCUAUACAAUCUGAUGGUCGUUUCCACGUCGAGUACCCCAAAACGCCUAGACCAACACCAGUUUUCUCCUUGGAAUCUGGAAACACCCCCAAUAGCAAUAUGUCUUCGGAGAGAUUAAGACUCGAUUCCGGAUCCUCACCAAACGUGGGGAACUCUAUUGGACAUAGCAAGGCAUAGCAAGUUCUCCGGUCGCAAGGGCUUUCGAAGUCCCUCGAUCAGGAGGAGGUAUCCCACGUAUAUAAUGGAUCCCCCAAAAAACAUUUUGUCGUAAACAGACAAAUAAAGCCGACUUAAGGCGACUAUAUCUUUUGGGAGAAUCAAGCAAAAAUCAAAUAAAGCGACUUCGAGCACAUCGGAAAACAAAAUGUUGUUUAUUGCGUUAAAGUUAUCAGACUGGACUAUUACGUUGCUAUGAAGCUUAAGUAGACUUUACUUGCCCCAGUUUCAGUUAAGCCCGAACAUUACUUAAUUCACUAUACUGUACGUCGCAAUUCAUUGUGUAAUAUCAACGACAAGGUCGUAGAAUCAAUAAAAUCAGGCUUAAGAGAA